AUGUUUUGCAUGUCCUUGGAUGAAACAAUACUGGCCACUGCCAUGCCUCGCAUUACCGAUGAAUUCCAGUCCCUUGGAGACGUGGGCUGGUAUAGAAGUUCAUACUUGUUUGUGCUUGCUGCGGUCCAGAUGAUAUGGGGGAAACUGUACACACUAUACCCAACGAAGUGGAUCUUCUUAUUAGGGUUGGUUAUCUUCGAGCUUGGCUCUCUCGUUUGUGGGCUGGCCCCUUCAUCUGGUGCCCUGAUCGGAGGCCGGGUCGUCGCAGGACUGGGGGCAGGUAGUAUUGAGGCGGGGACAGUUAUAAUCAUAAUGGACACCGUCCCUCUACGAAAGCGGCCGAUUUAUCUUGGCGUUCUAGGCUGCGUUCACGGGAUAGCUACAGUAGCAGGGCCACUGUUGGGCGGUGCAUUGACCGACCAUGUCACGUGGCGAUGGUGUUUUUAUAUCAAUCUCCCCCUUGGGAGCAUUGCCUUCCUUAUAAUCCUGACGCUUUUGCGCACCAAGUCGAAUACUCCCUCGUCGAGCCAUCUGAGUGCAAAGGAGAAACUCAUGUCGAUGGAUCUACUAGGAGCACUAUUCUUCACCCCGGCAGUCAUCACGCUUCUCCUGGCGCUCCAGUACGGCGGAUCCGAGUAUUCCUGGGGCAACUGGAGAAUAAUUGUACUUUUCACACUGUCGGCCCUCUUGCUCGCUACGUUUGCUGGCGUGCAGAUAUGGGCCAAAGAGCGAGCUUCAAUCCCUCCGGAUCUUCUCUGUAAUCGAAAUAUGCUGGCUGUGAUCUGGUACUCGACAUUUAGCCAUGGGGCUCUAUUUGUUUUCACUUACUAUCUACCUCUCUGGUUCCAGGCUGUCAAGGGGGCUACAGCAACUACAUCCGGCCUUGAGAUAUUACCUACAGAACUAGGACUGGUCGUCACAGGGCUUGGUGCAGGAGUCCUUGUUUCUAUUAUUGGAUUCCACACACCUUUCAUGAUUGUAUCAUCAGUGAUAUCGUCAAUCGGAGCCGGUAUGCUGAGCACCCUGUAUCCCACCUCAGGGUUAGGACCAUGUCUAGGAUAUCAGCUGUUACUGAGUGUGGGAUUAGGGCUAGGGAUUCAGAAUACGAUGCUAGUACCGCAGGUUGAAUUUAUCGGUGAUAAUGCGAUCAUGGCUAUUUCCAUGCUCGCCUUUUUAGAAACACUAAGCGCAUCCAUUUCCCUGGCUAUAGGGGACAGUGUUUUUCGCAAUCGACUAGAGACGCUUGUUCAGGAGAUGGUUCCUUCGGUGAAUGCUUCUAUACUUACUGAAGGUACGGCACUGGUACAGGAUAAUAUCCCACCUGCCUUGCUCCCAAGUGUGCUGGCGGCCUACAGCCUAUCAAUCACAGAGACCUUUUAUAUUGGUGUGGCCAUGUGCGCUUUAUCCUUCUUGGGAUCUGUGUCUCUGCAAUGGAAGUCUAUUAAAGAUGAAAUGCCUACAGACACUGCGACGCGGCGUUGUGAUGACACUCGGCCGGCUGGUGAUGAGACAUAA